AAAAACAUACUAACUUUUUUUAAUAAAGUAAUCUAUAAUCAAAAUUUCAUUCAAAAUUAUUAUUGGUUAAUGAAGUAAAUUUUAAGAAUUAAACUAUCAGAUCAGAUAUGUGAUAAGAAAGUUUCAAAUUCUUAGCCUAAAAAUAACUUGGAGCUCAUGCCAAUUAUGUCCCCUAGAACAUCUAAACUUUAGACUCCUGUUUCAGCAUUUUUAGGAAGUAGAUCUCAGCAUGCUCAGAUCUCUGGGUUUAGUUACCAUUUAGAAUAAGAGGAGCCAAUUAAUGAAGAAUUUUGCUUCACAAACGAUGAUGAUUUAUCUAUAGCAAUCCAAAUUCUGAAUAAAGAUCCGUAUAAGAGAAGCCAAAGAGAAAUAAAAUUAAUUUAGCAAGCUAUUAAGAAAACUUCCUUGUAUGAGUAUUAUAAGCCUUUUUUAGAUGAAGAAUAAAGAUUUAACAAACUUUGCAUGCGUUUAUAAUAUUUCUACUUUAACCCUUACUAAGAAAUAAUUUCAUAUGGUGAGAGUCCUCGAAAAAUGUACAUUAUGAUGAAGGGCUCUGCCUGGGUAUUAGUACCAUCAUCAUAGAAAGAUAAAGAAGUUGAGAAAAGAGUAAAAGAAAAAAUAACUUAAGCGUAAUAGCUAGGUUCUACUGAUAUUUAUUGCUUUGUUAAGGCAGAAGAUUAUAUACUCUUUAAAAAUCCGAAUUACAAGAUAGUUAACUAGAUAGAAGGACCAACUCAUAUAGGAGAUUAAGCUCUGAGGUACAGAUGCAAUAGGACAUCAAGUAUUUUUUCAAAAACUACAGUUCAUUUAGCAUCUUUAGACUUGAAAGAUUUUAAUGAAAUAUUCAUGCAGUUCGAUUAUAAAAUGAUCAACUAUUAUUAUCCUCAUUAUCAAGUUAUAUAAAUGUUUAAAAAAAAUGAUUUGUUUUCUAAGUUUGAUGAUUCUGUUGUAGAAAGCAUAGUUCGAAGCAGCGAUAAAGUUAAUAUUUGUCGGUCAUAGAUAAUAUAUAAUUAAGGAGAUAAAAAUGAUUAUUUGUACUUUAUUGAAGAAGGUGAAGUUGAGUUGAAGCAGAAAAAUAUAAAUAAUUCUGAUAACUAACAAGAAAUAUUUAUUGACCCAUCUAAAUUAAUUCAGCAAAUAGAAAUGGAGUAAAAAGUAGCUUUACUUUCAAAUAAUUGCAGGAGGAAAUACAGGGACAGUUUUUAAAAGACAGAAACCUUUCGGUACAUUGCAGUACUUUCUAAAGGAGAGAUUUUUGGGGAGGAUUUUAUCGAAUCAACUGAAAGAAAAUAUUAAGCUGUUUGCAAAAGUGUGUAAGUGAGUCUUUAUAGAAUUAGAAUAACUGUUUUUAUGAAGUACUUUGAACAAAUUGGAAAAAAUUAAAAAGCUAUGCUACAGACAAAACAAUAAUGGAGAGCAUAGCUAUAAAAUACUACUAAAUAAGUUUAGAGUUAAUUUGAUUUAUCUAAUAAAUUUGAUAAGCAAGAACUUGAGGAAAUUAAAAAAAAAUCUACUUAAUUCAUUUAUUUUGAUGCUUACGAAGAAGAUCCAAAUUCAAAAUUUUUGUUUAACAAGAACUCAUAGAUUAACUCGUAUAAUAAUCCACAAAUGUUAAAUCAGAAUACGGAAUCACCUUAAAAUAUAUAAAAUGAUUAAACUUCAGAUUAAGGAAAUCUUAGUGCAAGAAAAACACUAAGCUAUUUUAAUAAAAGCAAUUUUUUAUCUUAAAAAUGUCUUAUUAAUACUUCUGAUGAAUCUUUUUCUAAAAGUACAGGAUAUGAGGAAGGAAAUUAUUUUAAUAAUAGCAUAAAAGCAAAUCGUACUUCAAUUAAAUUACAAAACCAUUUAAAUAAAUUAUCUUCAGAUACAUUGAGUAUGAGAGAAAUUUAGAGUAAAGCAAGAAACCGCUUUUCGAAAAAUGAUAACCACAAUUUAGAAGAUGAACCUUCCAUUAUGCGUUAAUUAAAUGAAAUUAACACUUCAUCUAACAGUAUAGAUAGAGGUAGAGGGAGCAAAUUUUCUUAAACUGUUGACAAUAUUUUUUAAAAUCUAUAAUAAAAUCCCAAACAGCUUUAAAAAGAAUAAGAAUUAAAAGAUUCUAUUUAUUUUGUUGGCACUGAUUUUAAGGUACCUCAGUAGUAAUAGGUUCAAUCAUUUCAGUUUACUAAUAAGAUUGAAACAAGUUAGUUUCUUUAAAAAAAAACUUAAAGAGACUCAAUAUCUUCAGAGUCUCAAAAAAGUGUCACAACUUAAUAAAGUACAAACAAAUUGCAAACAUAAGUUUAAGCAAAAAAUUAAGAUUCCAUCUAAAAUUUAAAGCGUGCAAAGUAAUUCUCUUUGAUAGCUUUAAACUAAAAAAGCAAUUAAAAUGAUAAAAUAAUUAAAAGGCAAAGCUAAACUAAUUAAGGUUUUAUUGUAAAGACAUAAAAAAAUUCAAUUGAAUUAAAGCAGUUAGACUUAAAAGAAAUAUAAUCUAAACAAGUACAAAACGAAGCCUAAGAAAAUGCUCUCAUGUCAACAGAGAGAAGUAAUAGCUGUUAAAAAAUGGAAAGAUCUGAGUCAGUCAAACUUAGGCUUUCAAUAAGUAAACUUGCGAAGAAUCGCUCUGCUGUUUCACAUAUUCCAACAAGUACUUUAGGAAAGUUUGAUUUUAAUCAAGCAAGUAAUAAAAGAAGUGCCAGUCCCUGCUUUACAGAAUAUGAAGAUGAUAAUAUAAAAGAAAAUAAUUAAAAAUAAACAUCAUUGCACUCAAAUAAAUACUUUCACUAUUACAAAUUUAAUGAUGCAAUAACAGAAGAAAAACAAAAGAGAGAAGCUAUAGUAAUUAACAAUGAAUUUUACCUCAACUAAAUUGCUAGGAAAAUGAAAAAAAUUUUAGAUACUAAGUUAAGACAAAAAAAGGAAUAGCAUUUUAAUCCUUUUAAUUUAACUGAAGACCAUAGUGUACCAUUACUGAAAUAGUUAAAAAUAGAUGAAAUCUUUCCAAAUUCAGAAUUUGCUGAUUAAACAAAAAAAGGAAUAAAAAAUAUUAAUAAAAUAUUACAAGAUGGACACGCACACUUAUUAGAAGAGAGUAAUUUUGUAAGAAUUAAAAAGAAAUUGCCAACAAUGAUGAAUGAAUAAAUAUCAAAAGAUGAUGUUCUAGAUAUUGCAGGUCCUCAUACAAAAAAGGACCAAAAACUUGAAAAUAUAAUCUAAUCCCAACUUAAUAAUUAGGAUUCUAGACUCUAUAUAAAGCUACUUUUAGAAAAAAUAUAAAGGCAAUAAAAUAAAACCGAUCCUAAUUUAUACAACUUCAUACCAUUAAGUGAUAGCAGAAGGAUAAAAAGAAUUUAAGAAUAUUAAAAGACAAAAUAAAAUGAAAAUAUAAAAAACUAAUGA